AGUCAAACUUGUACUGUGAAGAAUAAAACUUUAAAUAUGAAGAUUAUUCUUUUCAUAUUUACAUCAUCGAUAAUAGCUUUAGCUUCAGGUGAUGGACAUUUGAAAUGUAGAAGAGUAGCGCCAAAGUGUGUCUACAAUAAGGAUUGUGACAUCAUUUGUAGCAUGGUUACCUAUGCUCCUGAUUAUGUUUGUGGAAAAAAUUCCGAACCUGAAAUACUUGAUGAUCCAAAUGGAGAGAUAAUGAUUUGUUGCAGGGAUAUAAGUGGAAAUGAGCCAGAAUGUAUACCUUCAGCGGCUCUCACUGAUCCACCAACGGAACCAGCUACUGAUGCACCAACGCAAGCACCCACUGCUGCACCAACGCAAGCACCCACUGCUGCACCAACGCAAGCACCUACUGCUGCACCAACGCAAGCACCUACUGCUGCACCAACGCAAGCACCUACUGCUGCACCUACUGCUGCACCAACGCAAGCACCCACUGCUGCACCAACGCAAGCACCCACUGCUGCACCAACGCAAGCACCUACUGCUGCACCAACGCAAGCACCCACCUCAAACUGGGUUAAUGGUGUUGGUUUAACAAUCCCUGAAGGAGCUAUUGUUGGAGGCAAUGAUGGAGUAACUUUUACGAUUUGUAGAGCUCAUCAUGCGGGUGUAUUGAUUCCUGGAAAAUAUGCUGCAUCAGUUGGUACUUGCUUUGUUGCUUUGGGUGGUAAGGAACAUACAACAUCUGAAUUCGAAGUAUACGUUGGAUCCGGUAGUUGGGUAGCUGGAGCUGGAUCGAAUAUUCCACCAAAUGCUUUGCUUGGUGUUGAACCUGAAGAUGGUGGUCCUGUUUAUGUUUGCCGUGUCAAUCAUUUAGGAACUGUCACCAUUGGAAAAUUGAGUACACAAGCCCCUACUGCUGCACCAACGCAAGCACCUACUGCUGCACCAACGCAAGCACCUACUGCUGCACCAACGCAAGCACCCACUUCACUUUGGGUUGAUGUUGUUGGUGGAGUAAUCCCUGAGGAAGCGUUUGUUGGAGGCCAAGAUGGUGGACAAGAUCUUAUCCUUUGUAGAGCUCUUCAUGAGGGUGUAUUGAUUCCUGGAAAAUAUGCUGGAUCAUAUGGUACUUGCUUUGUUGCUUGGGAUGGUAAGGAACAUGUAAAAUCUGAAUUCGAAGUAUACGUCGGAUCCGGUAGUUUGGUUGCUGGAGAUGGAUCGAAUAUUCCACCAAAUGCUGUACUUGGUGUUGAACCUGAAGAUGGUGGUCCUGUUUAUGUUUGCCGUGCCAAUCAUUUAGGAACAGUCACCAUUGGAAAAUUGAAUACACAAGGUGUAUGCUACAUCCCAUUUGGUGGACAAGAGCAUAGCUACACUGAUUUUGAAGUUUUAGUAACUCCAGAGCCUACAGCUGCACCAACGCAAGCACCUACUGCUGCACCAACGCAAGCACCCACCUCAAACUGGGUUAAUGGUGUUGGUUUAACAAUCCCUGAAGGAGCUAUUGUUGGAGGCAAUGAUGGAGUAACUUUUACGAUUUGUAGAGCUCAUCAUGCGGGUGUAUUGAUUCCUGGAAAAUAUGCUGCAUCAGUUGGUACUUGCUUUGUUGCUUUGGGUGGUAAGGAACAUACAACAUCUGAAUUCGAAGUAUACGUUGGAUCCGGUAGUUGGGUAGCUGGAGCUGGAUCGAAUAUUCCACCAAAUGCUUUGCUUGGUGUUGAACCUGAAGAUGGUGGUCCUGUUUAUGUUUGCCGUGCCAAUCAUUUAGGAACUGUCAUUGUCAUUGGAAAAUUGAGUACACAAGGUGUAUGCUAUAUCCCAUAUGGUGGACAAGAGCAUAGCUACACUGAUUUUGAAGUUUUAACAACUCCAGCACCUACUGCUGCACCAACGCAAGCACCUACUGCUGCACCAACGCAAGCACCUACUGCUGCACCAACGCAAGCACCUACUGCUGCACCAACGCAAGCACCUACUGCUGCACCAACGCAAGCACCCACUGCUGCACCAACGCAAGCACCUACUGCGGCACCAACGCUAACACCCAACCCUCCUUGUACAAAUUAUCCUGGAAGUGAUGAAUUCGAAAAAGCUGUUGAUGAUUUGAAGAAACUAAGAGAUGAUCUUCAAGCAUCCGAAUCAUCUACACCUGAAAUUGCCAAUGAAAUUGAUCUGAUUCAAGAUGCCAUCGAUGAACUUACUUCUUAUUUGAAUAGUAAUUGUGAUAAUUUAGAUACCGAUUUUGUGAAUGGAAGACUUUCAUACAUCAAGACAAAGUUGAUAGAUUUACAAUUUAAUGUUGAAGCAUUCAUAGAUGAUUUAAAACCAGAGAUAUGUGGUGGCACUGUUUGUGCUCCCAAUUUAGUUUUACAUGAUGAUUGUAUAUGUUAUUGUCAUUUGGGUUGCAAUGCAAGCCAAGUGCAUGAUUGGGCCAAUUGUUUUUGUAGAGAAUUUCAAGAAGGAGUGCCCACUCGUGGAUGGGAAGAGACUAUUAAAAACCUUAUUGACAAGAUUUCUGCUAUCACAAGUGAUUCUGAAUUUGUGAAAUCUACACUCAAUACACUUUACGAACUCUUGGAUGAUGCAAAAGCGACUAAAUAUGACACGUCUUUCAGAUUCGAAGAAUUUGGUAGGGAUACAUUGAUAGAGCGAAUUGAAGCAAUCACAACACGAAUCGAUGAAAUUACAACAGAAAUCGAUACUUACAUUUCCUCAGGCCAAGUUUGUGCAGAAAGCAAUUGUCCGGAAAACUACGUUCCAGUGAAAGAAACCUGUGAAUGUUAUACAUCUCAAAAAGUUGGAAAAUAUUUUGAAAUCUCAACAAGAUUCAUUACUCUUCACAAGAAAAUUUUCAAUUAUGAUGGUAAAGAUAUUGAUAAUGAAAUCGAUGGAUUAAAAGAAAAAGCUUUGGCUAUUCAAGAUCUGUCUGCAAAGAUAUACAAUUACUUCUAUAAUAACAGUGAAGCACCUGAUGAUGCUGUUAUUGAUGCUAUGAUUCAAGAAAUGUCUGAAAAAGUGGAACAACUCGAAAAAGAUAAUGCUGAUUUUAUCGACAAGAAUAAUCCAUCAUGUACAUUUGAAGGUCCAUGUGAAAUCAACGAAGUUCUUAAUAAAGCCAUAAGUAUUUGCGCAUGUGUUCCAGUAGAUAACUACGGAAGGCUUCCAGAUAUUGAGAAUGACUUGGAAAGACUAAGAAAUGAUAUAAAUACUCUUAGUGUAUCCCAAGACAAAAGGGAUAAACUACUAGAGAAUUUGGACACGUUAAAACAAGGAAUACCGGACUUGAAUAAAUAUGUUGACGAUUCCACUAACGAUCUGGAUGUAGGAUUUGUGCAAGAAAGAACAGAUCAACUUGUUGAAUGGUACGAAAGACUUAAAUCUGAUGUAGCUGCAGCUCAAGGAGGUAACACAAACGAAACAUGUGAUGUUCAAUGUCCUAAUGCGAGAUGGAAUUAUGAUGCCGAUGUUUGCAGUUGUACAUGUGAUGUUCAAAAUUGCAACAAUGGAGAAGUUUUCGAUCCUUGGGGUUGUCAAUGUGUGGAACAGACUGAUUGUACUGAAACUUCAGAAUCAUGUGGCGACGAAAUAUUGGAUUAUGCAACGUGUACAUGCAAACCAGCACCUUAA